UUGGUCGCAAGUACGGAGCUUUUGCCACUCCGCCGGGACCCUCGGACGCUGGCCGGAUAGCAAGCGCCGUUCUGCUAAGCGCUGUUCUGGGGCGCCUCGGAUUCAUUUUGUGUUGUAGACUUUUCUCUACGGUGAAAUUUGGGUAGAGCUCACUUGGAAAUACCUGCAUCUUGGUGUAAGAGAAUCUGACUCUUCAGACUGAGCUGAAGGAAGCAAUCCACAUAGGUUCUGAUUGAAAAUAAAAAAAGAAAGGGAUUAUUACCACAGAGUAAUUCCAUAACAUGUGGCUUCCUGAGCUGCCCUAAAAGAUUAAAGGUUGCACAAAACUUAAAAGAAGCAGAAGCAGCAGUUUCAUUCACUUGUUAUUGGACUUGAAACUCCUUUGACCUUGGAAACUGAAGAUGAGGUUGCCAUGGGAACUGCUGGUGCUGCAAUCAUUCAUGUUGUGCCUUGCAGAUGACUACACACUGCAUGGCCCAAUUUUUGUUCAAGAACCAAGUCACAUAAUGUUUCCUUUGGAUUCUGAGGAGAAAAGAGUGAAAAUCAGUUGUGAAGUUAAAGGGAAUCCAAAGCCUCACAUCAGGUGGAAGUUCAAUGGAACAGAUGUUGACAUUGGUAUGGACUUCCGCUACAGUGUUGUUGAUGGCAGCUUGUUGAUAAAUAACCCCAAUAAGACCCAAGAUGCUGGAAUGUACCAGUGCAUAGCUACAAACUCCUUUGGAACAAUUGUAAGCAGAGAAGCAAAGCUUCAGUUUGCUUACCUUGAAAACUUUAAAACAAGAACAAGAAGCACAGUGUCGGUCCGUCGAGGUCAGGGAAUGGUACUCCUGUGCGGCCCGCCACCCCAUUCUGGAGAGUUGAGCUAUGCCUGGAUCUUCAAUGAAUACCCUUCCUACCAGGAUAACCGCCGCUUCGUUUCUCAAGAGACUGGAAAUCUGUAUAUUGCCAAAGUAGAAAAAUCCGAUGUUGGGAAUUAUACCUGUGUAGUUACCAAUACUGUGACGAACCACAAGGUCCUGGGGCCGCCCACACCACUAAUCCUGAGAAACGAUGGGGUGAUGGGUGAAUAUGAACCCAAAAUAGAAGUACAGUUUCCAGAAAUGGUCCCAGCUGAAAAAGGAACAACAGUCAAGCUGGAAUGCUUUGCCUUAGGAAACCCAGUCCCAACUAUUCUAUGGCGAAGAGCUGAUGGAAAGCCAAUAGCAAGGAAAGCCAGAAGACAUAAGUCAAAUGGAACUCUGGAAAUUCCUAAUUUUCAGCAGGAAGAUGCUGGUUCAUAUGAAUGUGUGGCUGAAAACUCCAGAGGCAAAAAUGUAGCUAAGGGACAGUUGACUUUUUAUGCUCAACCUAAUUGGGUUCAAAAAAUAAACGAUAUCCAUGUGGCCAUGGAAGAGAGUGUCUUCUGGGAAUGUAAAGCAAAUGGUAGGCCCAAGCCUACCUACAGGUGGCUAAAGAAUGGUGACCCCCUGUUAACACGGGAUAGAAUACAAAUCGAGCAAGGAACACUCAACAUAACAAUAGUGAACCUCUCAGAUGCUGGCAUGUACCAGUGUGUGGCAGAGAAUAAACACGGAGUUAUCUUUUCCAGCGCUGAGCUUAGUGUAAUAGCUGAGAGUCCAGAUUUCUCAAGAACACUCUUGAAAAGAAUGACGCUUGUCAAGGUGGGAGGUGAAGUUGUCAUCGAAUGUAAGCCAAAAGCAUCUCCAAGACCUGUCUACACCUGGAGAAAGGGACGAGAAAUAUUAAGAGAAAAUGAAAGAAUUACCAUCUCUGAAGACGGAAACCUCAGAAUCAUCAAUGUGACUAAAUCUGAUGCUGGCAGUUACACCUGUAUUGCCACUAACCAUUUUGGAACUGCCAGCAGUACUGGGAAUGUGAUCGUGAAAGACCCAACAAAGGUGAUGGUUCCCCCUUCCAGCAUGGAUGUCACUGUGGGAGAAAGCAUUGUUCUUCCCUGCCAGGUGACACAUGAUCACUCCCUGGACAUUGUGUUUACUUGGUUGUUUAAUGGGCACUUGAUAGACUUUGACAAAGAUGGAGACCAUUUUGAAAGAGUCGGAGGGCAGGAUUCAGCUGGUGAUUUGAUGAUCCGAAACAUCCAACUGAAGCAUGCUGGGAAAUAUGUCUGCAUGGUCCAAACAAGUGUGGACAAACUCUCGGCUGCUGCAGACCUGAUUGUAAGAGGCCCUCCAGGUCCUCCUGAGGCUGUGACAAUAGAUGAAAUCACAGAUACCACUGCCCAGCUGUCGUGGAGACCUGGACCUGAUAACCACAGCCCCGUCACCAUGUAUGUCAUCCAAGCAAGAACUCCAUUCUCCGUGGGCUGGCAAGCAGUCAGUACAGUUCCAGAACUCAUUGAUGGGAAGACAUUCACAGCAACUGUGGUGGGUUUGAACCCCUGGGUUGAGUAUGAAUUCCGCAUUGUUGCAGCUAACGUGAUUGGCAUUGGGGAACCCAGCCGGCCCUCAGAGAAACGGAGGACAGAAGAGGCCCUCCCGGAAGUCACACCAGCUAAUGUCAGCGGUGGUGGAGGCAGCAAGUCGGAACUGGUUAUAACCUGGGAGACAGUACCAGAGGAAUUACAGAACGGCAGAGGCUUUGGUUACGUGGUAGCCUUCCGGCCACAUGGCAAACUGAUCUGGAUGCUCACAGUGCUGGCUUCAGCAGAUGCCUCCAGAUACGUGUUCAGGAAUGAGAGCGUCCGCCCGUUCUCUCCCUUUGAGGUCAAAGUGGGUGUCUUCAAUAACAAAGGAGAAGGCCCUUUCAGUCCCACUACAUUGGUGUACUCUGCUGAAGAAGAACCCACCAAGCCACCAGCUAGUAUCUUUGCUAGGAGUCUUUCUGCAACGGAUAUUGAAGUUUUCUGGGCCUCCCCUAUUGGGAAGAAUAGAGGACGGAUUCAAGGUUAUGAGGUAAAAUAUUGGAGACAUGAUGACAAGGAAGAAAAUGCUAGAAAAAUACGAACAGUUGGAAAUCAGACAUCUACAAAAAUCACCAACUUGAAAGGGAGUGCGCUGUAUCACUUAUCUGUCAAGGCAUAUAACUCAGCUGGGACAGGACCCUCCAGUGCAACAGUCAAUGUCACGACCAGGAAGCCACCACCAAGCCAACCCCCCGGAAACAUCAUAUGGAAUUCAUCAGACUCCAAAAUUAUCCUGAACUGGGAUCAAGUGAAGGCCCUGGAUAAUGAGUCAGAAGUAAAAGGCUACAAAGUCUUGUACAGAUGGAACAGGCAAAGCAGCACGUCUGUCAUUGAGACAAACAAAACAUCAGUGGAGCUUUCUUUACCUUUUGAUGAAGAUUACAUCAUAGAGAUCAAGCCAUUCAGUGAUGGAGGAGACGGCAGCAGCAGCGAACAAAUCCGAAUCCCAAAGAUAUCAAAUUCCUAUGCAAGAGGAUCUGGGGCUUCUACCUCCAAUGCGUGCACACUGUCAGCCAUCAGCACAAUAAUGAUAUCUCUCACAGCCAGGUCUAGUUUAUGACAAAAGUUAUCUAAAGGACUUGCUAUUUAUAAUAUAAGCAACAUUUAGCUAGUUGUUUUGAAGACGCCCAGUACUAAGUAAUAUUGUUGUUCAAGUACAUCUUAUUACUGGAAAAAAAAUGUUUUUGCUUCGUUAGGAAUGCCAUUACACAGUACUUCCUCAAAGCAAAUCUAGCUUUGUCUGAAGUUUCUUUGGAAACUCUGCAAUGCACUGAAGACAUCUGUAAUAUGAUGUUACCAAAGCAGUUUA